GGUCAUGGUGAAAGCGGAGCUAAGGGGGAAAUCGAUAUACAUCGCAUUGAUAAACACAUUUAAGGAAAACAAGAAAGAUCUCAAGCACACAACCUAACUUUACAACUUAGGAAGUAGAAAAAGAACAAACUAAACCCAAAGCUAGCAGAAGGAAGGAAAUAAUAAAGAUUAGAGAUAAACAAAAUAGAGAACAGAAACAACAGAGAAAUAUUAAUGAUACCAAAGUUGAUUUUUUGAAGCAACAAAAUAGGCAAACCUUUAGUUAGAUGGACUAAAAAAAAGAGAAGUUUCAAGUUACUAACAUCAGAAAUGAAAAUGGAGAAAGUACUACCAAUUCUACAGAAACAAAAAGGAUAAUAAGAGAAUACUAUGAACAAAUAUAGGCCAACAGAUCAGAUAACCUAGUUGAAAUGAAAAAAUUCCUAGAAACACAUAAAACCUAGCAAAACUAAAUUACAAAGAUAUAGAAAAUUUGAAUAGACCUAUAACUAGUAAGGAGACUGUAACAGUAAUCAAAAAUCUCCCCAAAAUGAAAACUCCUGGACCUAGUGGCUUCACUGGUAAGUUCUACCAAACAUUUAAAGAAAUAAUACCAGUCCUUCUCAAACUUUUCCAGUAAAAUUGAAGAGGAAGGAACAGUUUCUAACUCAUCCUAUGAGGCCAGAAUUACCCUAAUACCAAAGCUAAACAAAGACACUACAAGAGAAUAAAACUAAAGACCAAUAUCCCUUAUGAAAAUUGAUACAAAAAUCCUCAACAAAAGUCAAGUAGAAUUUAUUCCUGGAAUGCAAGGAUGGCCCAACAUUGAAAAAUGGAGAUAAUAUAUCACAUCAACAGAAUGAAGGAAAAAGAAACACAUGAUAAUCUUGAUGUGUAGGAAAAAAAAAAGCAUUUGACAAAAUUGAACAUUUCAUGUUAAAAAAAAUUCACAAACUAGAAAUAGAAUAUAGCUGCACAUAAUAAAAUCCAUAUAUGAAAAGUCCACAGUGAACAUAAUACUCAAUAGUGAAAGACUGAAAACAUUUCCUCUAAGGUCAAGAACAAGGCGAGGCUACCUGCUUUCACCAAUAUUCCAUACACUACUGGAAGUCCUAGCCCAGCAAUUAGGCAAGAAAAGGCAUGCAAAUUGGAAAGGAAGAAGUAAAAUAAUUUCUGUUUGCAGCUGAUAUGAUCAUUUUACAUAGAAAACCAUAAAGAUUCUACAAAAUAACUGUUAGAACUAAUAAAUGAAUUCGCCAAAGUAGCAGGAUACAAAGGACAAAAAUCAGUUACAUUUCUGUAGAAUGAACAAUCUGAAAAAGAAAUUACAAAAAACAAAUCUAUUCACAAUAGCAUCAGCAAGAAUAAAAUGGGAAUUAAUUUAACCAAGGAGGCAAAAGACUUGUACAAUGGAAAAUGCCGUUUUCUUCUUUACUGUCAUCAUCCCCCAUCCCCACCACACUCACAGGGUGAGGACUUUGUCUAACUGGUCCACCUUCACACCCCCGUGCCUGGGACACACGUGGGCCCUCAGUAAAUAUCUGCCAGUUGGAUGAGUGAAUGCAGAUACAUCGUGGGAGUACAUCAGUAUUGCUAAAAAGUCAUUUGCUUGCUUAGCAGACAUGCCCAACUUUUUUUUUGAUGUGUAAACAUACUACAAGAGGCAGCAGAUAAUACAGCCCAAGUGGAGUCAGAGGCACUUUGGUUUCUGGGCCAACUCAACCGCUUCCCAGGGCUGUAUCCCGGGAAGGAAGAGGAGAAUGGUGAGAAGGAUCUGAAGACGGGUGCUAAGGGUCUCGCCCUGGCCUGUGUCUACCGUUCCCAGGUGACUGCAGCUGCGCUGGCCACCAUCCACCUGGAAUCCCCGGCACUUGUUAACUCUUCAACAUCACCAUGACCACAAGGGCUGAAAAAUACUAUUUGACUUUUUGCUAGGAAAAAAGCCUCUUCCAGACCUGUGGACAAGGGAUGGCCGACCCCUGCCCCCUGGUAUCCUGGGGCCCUGCUGGAGGCGCUGCCGUUGUGCCGCUGCAGGUUACAAAUGAGGACACUAUGGCAUGAGGAGCCCAGGGGGCCUGCCCGGCAGAACUCAGCUCCUGACGCCAAUCCCAGACUCCAUGAGGAAGCAGGAGGUGUGGACGGGUGGGGAGGCUGGCCAGGGCCAUGGCACUGGCUCCCCAGCAGAGCAGGUGAAAGCCCUUGUGGACCUGCUGGCUGGGAAGGGAGGUCAGGGCCCCCAGGCCCUGCAGACACCCAACAGGACAUCAGAAUCCCCACUGGGGCCCCAGAGCAAAGACUUGAGGAUACAGAGGCACCGUGAAGCUCUACUGAGCAGGGCAGGGGGCAGCCUGGAGCAGGGCAGUCCCUCGCCCAGGCUGACUAGCCUCCUACUGGUGGAGGGCCUGACGGACUUGCAGCUGAAGGAACACGACUUCACGCAGGUGGAGGCCACGCGUGGGGACCCACGCCCUGCGAGGACCGUCUCCCUGGACCAGCUCUUCCUGCCUCUGUCUCGGGUGUCUAUCCCACCCCGAAUCUCUAUCACCAUCGGGGUGGCCGGCAUGGGCAAGACCACCCUGGUGAGGAACUUCAUCCACCUCUGGGCCCGGGGGCAGGUCGGCAAGGACUUCUCGCUGGUGCUGCCUCUGACCUUCCGGGACCUCAACACCUAUGAGAAGUUGUCUGCCGACAGGCUCGUCCACUCUGUCUUCCCGCAUGUCAGUGGGGAGUCCGGCCUGGAGGCCGCAGCCCUAAGCAAAAGCCUCCUGAUCCUGGACGGCCUAGACGAGUGUAAGAUGCCCCUGGACUUCUCCAGCACUGCGGCCUGCACGGACCCCAAGAAGGAGAUCCCGGUGGACCACCUGAUCACCAACAUCAUCCGUGGCAACCUCUGCCCGGAGGUUUCUGUCUGGGUCACCUCCCGCCCCAGCGUGGCUGGCCAGAUCCCAGGGGGCCUGGUGGACCGGAUGACAGAGAUCCGGGGAUUCAACGAGGAGGAGAUCAAGGUGUGUUUGGAGCAGAUGUUCCCCGAAGACCAGACUCUCUCAGGCUGGGCCCUGAGCCAGAUGCAGGCAGACAGGGCCCUGUACCUGAUGUGCACCGUCCCAGCCUUCUGCCAGCUUGCAGGGUCGGCACUGGGCCACGUGGGCCGCAACGGGCUGGGGCCCCAGGAUGCAGAACUGUGGCCUCCAAGGACCCUGUGUGAGCUCUACUCUUGGUAUUUCAGGGCGGCUCUUGGUGGGGAGGGGCAGGAGAAGGGCAGAACAAGCCCUUGCAUCCAGCAGGUGGCCCAUGGCGGCCGCAAGAUGGUGGGGACGUUGGGCCGACUGGCCUUCCACGGGCUGAUCAGGAAGAAGUACGUGUUCUACGAGCCGGACCUGAAGGCAUUUGGCGUGGACCUCCCUCUGCUGCAGGGCACCCUGUGCAGCUGCUUCCUGCGGCGGGAGGACACCCCGGCCUCCUCGGCAGCCUACUGCUUCACCCACCUGUCCCUGCAGGAGUUUGCGGCAGCCGCGUACUACUACAGUGCGUCCAAGAGGGCCAUCUUCGACCUCUUCACGGAGGGGGGCGUGUCCUGGCCCCGGCUCGGCUUCCUCACGCAUUUCAGAAGUGCGGCCCAGAGGGCCAUGCAGAUGGAGGACGGGCGGCUGGACGUGUUCCUGCGCUUCCUCUCAGGCCUCUUGUCACCGAGGGUCAACGCCCUGCUGGCUGGCUCCCUGCUGGCCCAGGGAGAGCACUGGGGCUACCGGGCCCAGGUGGCCGAGCUCCUGCAGGGCUGCCUGCGGCCCGACGUGGCAGUCUGCGCCCGGGUGGUCAACGUCCUGCACUGCCUGCACGAGCUUCAGCACACGGAGCUGGCCCGCAGCGUGGAGGAGGCCAUGGCAAGCGGCGACCUGGCCAGGCUGACUGCCCCGCCACAUCGCGCGGCUCUGGCCUACCUCCUGCAGGUGUCGGACGCCUGCACCCAGGAGGCCAACCUGUCCCUGUUCCUCAGCAAGAGCGUCUUCCAGAGCCUGCUGCCCCAGCUGCUCUACUGCCGGAGCCUGCGGCUGGACGGCAACCAGUUCCAGGACCCCGGGAUGGAGCUGCUGGGCAGCAUGCUGAGUGGGAAGGACUGUCGCGUUCAGAGGAUCAGCUUGGCUGAGAACAAGAUCGGUAACAAAGGUGCCAAAGCCCUGGCCAGAUCCCUCCUGGUCAACAGAAGUCUGACGGCUCUGGACCUCCGCAGUAACUCCAUUGGACCCCAAGGGGCCAAGGCACUGGCAGAUGCUCUAAAGAGGAACCGCACUCUGGCCUCUCUGAGGCCCCCUCCUUGUCCCCACAGCCUCCAGAGCAACACAAUCAGAGAUGAUGGUACCAGGUCUGUGGCUGAGGCCUUGGCCGCCAACCGGACCCUCUCCGCGCUGCACCUGCAGAAGAACACCAUCGGGCCCCGGGGAGCCCAGUGCAUGGCGGACGCCCUGAAGCAGAACAGGAGUCUGAAGGAGCUCAUGUUCUCCAGUAACAGCAUUGGUGAUGGAGGUGCUCAGGCCCUGGCUGAGGCCCUGAAGGUGAACCAGGGCCUGGAGAGCCUGGACCUGCAGAGCAAUUCCAUCAGUGAUGCGGGAGUGGCAGCGCUGAUGGGGGCCCUCUGCGCCAACCGGACCCUCCUUAGUCUCAACCUGCGAGAAAACUCCAUCAGCCCCGAGGGAGCCCAGGACCUGGCUCGAGGUCUCUGCACCAACAGCGUUCUGCGGAACCUGGACCUGACAGCCAACCUCCUCCACGACCAGGGUGCCCAGGCCAUCGCAGUGGCAAUGAGGGAAAACUGCGCCCUCACGUCCCUUCACCUGCAGUGGAACUUCAUCCAGGCGGGGGCUGCCGAGGCCCUGGGACAAGCCCUACAGCACAACAGGAGCCUGACCAGCCUUGAUCUGCAGGAGAACGCCAUUGGGGACGAAGGCGCUUCGGCGGUGGCCAGCGCGCUGAAGGCAAACACGGCCCUCACGGCCCUCUAUCUUCAGGUAGCCUCCAUUGGUGCCCCGGGGGCCCAGGCGCUGGGGGAGGCCCUGGCUGUGAACAGAACCUUGGAGAUUCUCGACUUACGGGGAAACGCCAUUGGGGUCGCCGGAGCCAAGGCCCUCGCCAAUGCUCUGAAGGUCAACGCAAGUCUCCGGAGACUCAAUCUUCAAGAGAAUUCCCUGGGGAUGGACGGCGCGAUAUGCGUUGCCACCGCCCUGUCUGGAAACCACGGGCUCCAGUACAUCAAUCUCCAGGGCAAUCACAUUAGCGAAUCUGGUGUCAGGAUGAUCUCAGAGGCCAUCAAGACAAACGCUCCCUCGUGCACUGUUGAAAUGUGAGCAAAAAACAAGUUCUUGGUGGACCAGACAGGAGGAUGAACAAAGAUGCAGCUGGAAGCUUCUGGGAAAAAAAAGACCAUUUCCCAGUGUCCUUCCUGUGGUCUGGGAAUGAUGCCAACCCACACGAGAGCAGGUCUCCUGCAAGGAGGCAGGAAAGGUUCUGCCAAAGGGGGCCAGGAGCACCUCUCCUGGUCCAGGGUCAGUCCAGGCAGGAGCGAGAUGAAUACUCUGCUUCAGCACAGAGGAGGGAGGAUCUUCUGCUGAGGGACUCGGGGACAUGGGCCCCAAAGCUCAGCAAGCAAAAGGCCAGUCUGAGCUUAUUUAUACCCUGAGGUGCAUGUAAGGCCAAAUGCAGAUGUGAAGUGACUUCCUCUGACAUAGGCAGCAUGAGCAGUCAAUCUAGUCCUCUGCCUCUGAAAUGAGCUGCCAUCUUCAAGCCCAAUAACAGUAUCAAUUUGGCAUCAGUGACAGAGGGUGCUUCUUU